AUGCUCCCUCUGAGCGCCUACGCUGAAGAGAGCGAGUCCUGGGAUGCCGACGACGAUCUCGAGAUCCCCUCAGGCUCUCUUCUCGCCCCUCCUCCCGACCCGUCUUUCUCCCUCUCGCCGCCUUCCGACUCUGAGGCCUCGUCCACCGACGCGCGCGGCUUCCUCGACGACCCGCAGGACCUAUUCGAUCAGCUCGACGAAGAGUGGCGACGGGAGAUGCCGCCAACUCGGGAGGACGAGAACGCCUCGUCGAUGGACUCGAGUCGGACGAACACGACUACGGGCACAUUGAAAGGCCUGAUGGAGGGGCUGUCGCUUGAUGCCGAGGCGACCAUGUCGCAUGAUGUCCCCACCUCGCCUGCACGAGAGGCGGAUCUCGACAGAUCGCUCGACGCGACGCCCCGGAUGAACAAGACGGCCACGAUGCGCGGUUCUUCGCCUCUCUCCCUCCUUCUUUCCGCCUCUUCACGCACCGGGCGGGGACGUGUACACCACCUCGGUUCGACGCCGUACGGCCAGGCGCGCUCAGUGGACGACGGGGACUGGGACGAGGACCUUGAGGGUCUCGAUGCGUUAGGUCUCGGCAGCCCCGGUCAGAGCGCCGGCAAUGGGCUCAAGGUCGUCUCGAAGAAGGGCAGCUUUGCGAGUCACAUCAGCCUCGACGACGAGGAUGACGAGCUUGGCAGUUUGCCGGACCAUUCGGCCAAGCGGCGCAUUUCCAUCGCCUCCUUCACCGAUGCCGAGGACAACGGCGAGGACGACUUCGACAUUCCCGACACGCUCUCGCAGUUCAAGCUCUCGCCAAAUCUGAUGCUCAUCAACCGCACGAGCUCGGCGAGUUUGCGGUCAGACGUGCACGAGUCGCCGGCAUCGCUCUCCCCCGUUCCGCAAGCCGCAUCCCUCCCUCCUCCCCCUCAUACGCCCGUCACGCCCACACUGUCCGUCCCGACAGUCAACCCCGCCCUCACAACCGGAUCCUCCGCGCCUUCGUCGCCUGGCCCGCUCACCCCGUCUCGCUCCACGACCGACGACGACGACGGUCCAUCUUCGGCUGCCGAAGAUGACGCCGACUUCUUCAACGACCUCGUUUUGCCCUCGUACUUUCUCGGCGACGAGCGUCGUUCCGCCGUCUUCACACCUCCGACAAGCGAAGGCGAGCCCGACUCGGACCACCCGUCCUCGGCAAAGAAGGUCGACUUGCAGUCUAUCUUGCGCGCCAAGCUCGAGGAGCGAGGCGGUCGCGGCUUGCUCUUACAUGCGCCGGCGACGACGCCAACGUCGCCUGACGAGCAGGAGCGGCUUCACCGCCAUCGCGAGCCGGAGGAGCACGACGGUGCUGAUCUUGCGCAUGAGCUGCGGCACGAGUCCGCCGAGGACGAUGCGGCGUGGAGCGCGCAGCAGAUGCGGGAACGAAUGCGCACGAUUAGCGGGGCGAGGGCGAAGGAGGCGCAACUUGCGAAGGAGGCGCGAGAGGCGAGGAGCAGGAUUGCCGGACUGCGACGGACGAUGAGCGAGGGAAAGGUGCCUUCCAUGCCGGGUUUGCGGAAGGUGCCGCCGCCGGGAAGGAGCUCGACAACGGGAACCGUCGGACCAGGCGGAACUCGGUCGUCCAUUCUUCCCAUGUCCUCCGCAGCGAAGGGCUCGUCGAUACCUCAGCCGGUCCGACCGGCAUUGUCGCAUGGCAUCGAGCGCCCGCCCUCAGCGGCUUCCUCCCACUCCACCGAAGCCAGCACGACUCGACGGCGAGGACCACCUCCUGCGCCAUCUGCCGCUAGUCGAGGCCGUCCUCGCGCUCGCACGUCCAGUCUGCGGACGGUCAGCUCGACAUCAGAUCUCCGCACCGGUGCGAGCACGAGUCGAGCUCGUCCGUCCAGGCUGGACAUGCCGCCUCCGGCUUCGACGUCCACCUCGAAGAGCAGCCUCUCGCCGAUUCCCACCACGCCUAUUACGCCGGCCAGUGCUGCUCGUCCGACUCUUCGCACGAAGCGGAGCCAGCAGAACCUGCUCGCGACGCCAUCGGCACCUCGCACCAUCGAGCGCAAGCGGUCGCUGCAGAACCUUGCACCGUCUCCUUCGCCCGCGCAAGGCUCGUUCCCGCCGCCUUCUUCCGCGACUCGACCGCGCUCGCGGCAAAACUCUCUGCGCUCGCCAUCGCCCGGCGGCGGCCGACUGCCUUCUUUCGCCGCACCCACUGCUGCCUCCGCUUCGAGGGUGCGAGAACGCGUGAACUCGAAUCCUGCGCCUCUCACAAGCGCCACGCCCGCCCGUCCGCCCAUCGCUUCCUCCACCUCGGAUCGCCUCUUGCGCCCGACCGUUGCCUCCGCCUCAAAGACUCGCACGAUUUCCCGACCAUCCUCUCCGAUCAAACCGUCCCUGUCGCCGUCUCCACGUUUGCCGACUACGUCAGCCUUCGUCACCGGCAUCCAACUGCCGUCAGCGUCGGUCGUGCUCUCUCGACCGCUCAACUCCGCGCGGAAGGUUCCGCCCGAGUACGGCGACGGCACCGAGCUCGAUGCAUUCGAUGACUUGCCUGUCUCGAAGGAGCGCGAGCGGGAACGAGCGAUCCUCCCUUCAUCGCGCAAGAGUAGCGGGGCGAGCACGGCGACGGUUCGAGGUGGCAGCUGGGGCAAGAAAGAGGGUUCGAACAUUGCUGCCGCCGCAAAGGCUGCUGCUCCCGCCGGCAUCAAGGGUCGCCUCAGCGUAGAGAGCGCUCAAGCGAAGCCGAAGCGGACUGAGCCGGAGAAGAAGAAGGUCAAGAAGCGGCGAGAACCUCACUUGAUUCGGCAUCUCGGCGGAGUCAGUGCGGUCAAAGUCCAAGGCGAGAUGACCUACAACCCGCUGUUGCACCGGUGGGAAGGCAACGAGGCCAUCCUCCGCGAAUUCGACAAGGCUCUGGCUACCUCGACUCGACCCGCCCUUAUCUCGCCGUUCUCGUCUGCCCUCGGCUCGCCUGCCCGCGGCCAGUUCGGGCCAACGCCCGCCGUCGCUCCCGGUCAAGCGGCAGCGACGGGUCCAUCCGCAGCACACCUCCCUCCUGGUGCAGCCGUCAACGCCUCUCGCGGGACCGCCAAGGUUGUCGGCGACAUGGUCUUCGAUCCUGCGACCUGCUCAUGGCACGCCAUCGCCGGUCCUGACGCUGAGGACGAGCUCGAGAUCGAUUGGGGCCUAACAUCCGGCGGUGAGGUUGCGGACGACGAGGAGCACGGCGCGACGAGCGAGCUGGACGGCUGGGAGCUCGGCGAACGGGAGCGUAUGCUCAAGAACCGCGCGAGCUUUGCGCUCGAGGAGGGCAGCGAGGGUGACGAGGAGGAUGGAGUGACUGAUGGCAAGACGCGCAUGAAGUCGACGAAGAGGCAGCUGCUGAGGGAGAGUCAGCAGGCGGCCGAGCGGUGUCGGCGGGAGAUGAAGGGCUGGAUGUCGGCGGAGCAGACACGGUGGUUGUGGGACUUGCGAUCGCUCAUUCUGGGUGGCCAGUAG